CCAUCUAGGGGAGAUGUGAAGUGUCGCACUCAGGAUGCCACCAUAAUCAUUUUUAAACAAACAGGACCAGCCUGGACCAUCGGCUGUACACAUUCACUGCUAUGUCAAAAAAAGCAAAUAUCACCAUAAUUCAAUGGCAUCAUUCUGUUGGCUGUGAACGCGUAGAUUAGUCAGUGAGUGGGUGUAUUUAUAGCCGCCGCCGCUGCCGUCGUUUCUGCAAUGGAAGUAAACAGGGACGAGGCGGAGCGCUGCAUUGACAUUGCAGCCGCAGCUUUUAGGAGUCGCCAGCCGGACAAGGCGUUGAGGUUUUUGGAGAAAGCGCAGAGACUCUUCCCGACAGAGAAGGCUCAAGCACUGCUGGACCUGAUAGCGAAGAAUGGCUUCACUCCCAGACCGGCGGGCCACGCGGACUUCAACGACGUUUCAGGGCCUCGACAGCGACAGACCCCCAGCGACGACACCAAACCGGAAGAAAAGCCUCCGGACACCUCGAAAUCUUACACGACCGAGCAGCUAGAGGCCGUGAGGAGAGUGAAACAAUGCAAAGACUUCUAUGAAAUCCUCGGGGUCCAGAAAGAGUUCUCCGAGGACGAGCUCAAGAGAUCUUACAGGAAACUGGCGCUGAAGUUCCAUCCUGACAAGAAUCACGCUCCGGGCGCGACGGAGGCGUUUAAAGCUAUCGGGAAUGCAUACGCUGUUCUGAGUAAUGCAAACAAAAGGAGACAGUAUGACCAGUGGGGGGAAGAGGGGAGGCAUCCGUCAGGCAGCAGCCCCGAUACUGGAAACUUUGAGCCAGAUAUCUCGCCUGAAGACCUCUUCAACAUGUUCUUCGGGGGAGGAUAUCCAUCAAGUAACGCUCAUGUAUACACUAAUGGGCGGGUGCGUAACCAGAGGCGGGAGAGAAGAGAGCGACCAAGAGAUGGAGGCCUGGCUGUCUUCGUGCAGGUCAUGCCCAUCCUCAUCCUGGUGAUUGUGUCAGCUCUCAGUCAGAUAAUGGUCAACAGCCCCUCCUACAGUCUCAGCUUCAGGCCGUCAGCGGGCUACACGCAGAAGAGGCUGACCGAGAAGCUGAAGGUGCCAUAUUACGUGGGGGAGCAGUUCUUCAAAGAGUUCACCGGCGCCAACCUGAAAAACCUGGAGCGCAGCGUGGAGGACGACUACAUUUCAAACCUGCGCAACAACUGCUGGAAAGAGAAACAGCAAAAGGAAGGAAUGCUCUACCGAGCUCGCUAUUUUGGAGACAGCGAGCUGUACCAGAGAGCGCAGAGGGCUCGGACUCCAAGCUGCGCCAAGCUCUCGGAGAUCACGGCCUCCUCCCAUUAAAACACUAACAGCGUCGCAUUAGUUCUCCAGGAUAGCUUUAGUUCUAAUUCUCUUUCCUCUCGUUGCCUUCAGGUUUCUAGAAUCAUCCCAAAAAAAAAACACGACUAACAGGCUGUAAAUACGUAAGCUUCAUCCUUCAAGGCCUUACAUAGCUAAAGACACACAGGUAAAACGCUCUACACCCUCGUUUCUAUGGAGAUCAAGUUUGGGAGAUUAACAUAGAAUCGUUCAUAAAUGUAUAUCGCCGUGAAAUAUAUAUAUAUAAAAAAUAAGCCAUUCAUCACAUCUUGACAAGCGAUCAAGAUGUCGAUUCGACGGAGGCCACGAAGAGGACGGAGAUCGCUUGACUUCUGCACGAACGAGAGCCCGGUGUCAGACCAGAGGAAAGUUGAGUUAUAAAUAGAAAUGCGGAUGUCACUUACGAAGCAGUUUGAUGUUGAAUGCUUCCUCCUUAUUUUCAUGCAGCCAGAGGGGAGGGCUGUCUCCGCUGACUCUAAAAUGCACAUUCUAACUAUGCAGGAAUACUGGCGUACCCUCUGAUUAAUAUGUGCACUAACUGUUUGGGCUCAGAUCAAACGCGCCUUUUUGUUCGAGCGUACGCGACAGGCACGAGUUUAGGAGACAGACCUGUCGCCUUUUUGUCAUUUGAUCAAACGAAGGGCAGCCAAAUGGUUUUACCUCACUUCACUUUAGAUGCAGUGCCUUGCAAAAGGAUUCACAUCCCUUAAGUUUCAAGUCUUUUGCAGCCUCUCACAUGACCGUCCCUGCCUUUAGCUCCACCCAGCCUCCCGUUAGCUUUGAGCAGCUUCCUUAUCUCUGGUGAUAGGGAGCUAGACCAGUGAUGGCUUGCAGCAAUGUUGGGAAGAGAUUUGGCAUUGUAAAAUCAAACCUUGAAGAAAUGAAACAUUGAGAAAUCACCUGCAACGGCAUCGAAAAAGAGACUUGGCAUUGAAAAAUUAGACACUGAAAAGGCAAACAUUGAAAAUUCAAACAUUUAAAAAUCAAACACUGAUAAGUCAAUCCUUGUUAGAAAGUCAAAACUUAUGACGAUAUUCUCACUUUAUGCUGCAGCUUCUUUUCAAUGAGAGAUGUUCUCUUUGUCACUACCAUAGACAUUAUAGUAUAUACAGUAUGUCUGUGGUCGCUACAAGCUGGCACUGUUUUGCCGUCGGGGGCAGAACUAAAUUCAAGGACCCUUCGCAGGCCUUCCGAUUUUCCAGUACUCUUCAUCAUCUACCUGAAGUGAAAUUAUGGAAAGCUCCGGUCAAGUGCCGCUGCUCGACCACAAGAAAGGGUCCGCCCCCGCAAAACAUCGCUGCAAGCUGUCGCCGGUUUCGCUCCGUACAGUGAAGAAAAACAACCCCACAUCACGAAGCCACGGCCAUCUUUUACGUCAGUUUUGGUCUCCUCUAACCAGAGGAUGUUCUUCCUCAUGUUUGCGGUGUCCCCUGAAUGGCCUGUGGCAUACUGCUAACCAGACUUGUAAUGGCUUUCUUUCCCCGAUGGCUUUCAUUUAACUUGAUUACAUUUAGGGGUGUCAGAGUAAAGGGGACUAAAUACUAAAACCAUGCCACCCUUUUCAGACUUUAUUUGCUAAAAAAGGUUCUCUCUUUGCUGAAGAAAAGCAUAUCCAUGGCACAGUGUGGCCACUGCUUAGUAUUUCCCCCCCCCUC